UGAAAGAGCCUAAACAUGGCAGCGCCCUGUGAUCGUUUGUAGGUUCUUCCAAAUAGUACAUCCGUUGUGUAUGUGAGAGACCGUCGUUUAAGAUGUGUGAAUAGCCAUUGUUUAUCAACAAUAUAUCAGAUUUGGAGGCCAUCAGGGUGGCAGAAAUUUUGUAGAGGAAGUAUGGCGUUCCUAGCGGAACAGGAAGGAGAUCCAGCUUUAGAACUUACAGAAGAAAACAUUGAAAAGGCUUUGCAUCAACUUUAUUUUGAUCCGGACCCGAGCGUAAAGUCCAGGGCACAAAACUGGCUAUUUACUGCACAGCGGUCCCCUCAGGCCUGGCAGUUUGCCUGGAGUCUGCUGUCACCAGAUAAGGCAGCAGAGGUGCAGUAUUUUGGAGCAAGUGCAUUAUACAUGAAAAUCACCCGAUAUUGGAGUGAAGUGCAUCCUGAACAGUACGCUAACUUACGGACACAGUUGUUCCAACAAAUAUUUAACUUCUCUUCCGCUACUCGCAUUGUUUUAACGAGGCUCUGUGUAACACUUGCUUCGUUCGCGCUGAACACAAUGCCUGAAGUCUGGUCAGACGCGGUCAAGAGUAUGAUAGAGACGUUCCACCAAGCAGAUGUACCGCAAAUGGACGCAACAAACAAGUGUCUAGCUUUGUUGGAGUUACUCACAGUACUGCCGGAAGAGUUCCAAACAGCACCCUUAGGCAGUUCAAGAAAAGUGACAGUUCGACAAGAACUCCAAAAAGGCUUGCAACAUGUGCUACCACUACUUCAAAACCUCCUUGAUCAGCAAGACUCGCCGGUGUCCAUCCGCCACCAAGCAUUAAGAUGCUUCUCAAGUUGGGUUAACUUUGGUGUUCCCUUGAUAGACAUCAAUCCAUUCAUUGAUACACUCUUUAAAUAUGUCCAUGACGAAAACCUCUAUGAUACAUGCAUUGAUUCCCUAAUAAGCGUGAUCCAGGAGCCGUCAGCUUACAAAUACCCCAAUACAAUAAAGAAGAUAAUUCCGCAAGUUCUCCGUCUCCAGGAUUUGUUGGCCAAUGCAGUAAGAGAAAAGGACAUGGACCUUGUUCAUGGAAUCUGUAGACUUACCGUGGCUAUAGGAGAGAACCAUUCAAAAUUGAUCCUUGAGGGUGAAGAAGAAGAGCGCCAGCAGUGUCUGGAUCUUACAAACCUAAUCUUGGGUUUUACUGCUCUGCCCGGGCACUAUCCAGUCGAUGAAAACAUAAGUAAUAUGCCAUUCGGCUUCUGGUAUAUUUUACAGGAUGAAAUUACAGGAGCCGACGUUCAGAAAUGUCAAGAGUAUCUCAUGGUGUUUGCGCCCAUAUAUAUGCAUUUGGUGGAUGUGAUGCUUACUAAAGUGCAAUACCCCAUGGAAGAGGAAUAUAACACUUGGAAUUCAGAGGAAAAGGAACAGUUUCGGUGCUACAGACAAGAUAUAGGUGAUACAUUAAUGUACUGUUUCACAUUGCUACGACAACCUCUGUUGAAUAACUUAUAUGGUAUGCUAGUGAGGGUUCAGAGUCAAGGUGGAUCUUGGCAGCAACUUGAAGCUUUGCUGUUUGCAUUUCGGUCAAUUGCCGAAGUUGGAGAGUAUGGCGAUGAUGAAUGUGUUGAUAAUCUCCUUCGCCUCUUACCACAAAUCAACAUGUCAAAUGUAACUUUAGCAUCUACUGCCCUCUAUAUGCUAGAGGCUUAUUCUGAAUGGCUUGCUGACAUGCCAGAAGCUCUAGAUAGUGUCAUUCCUCUGGUGCUCUCAGGUUUAAGUAACCCAGAUCUGGCUGUACCAGCAACAAUGUGCUUAAAGGAGAUAACUAGAGAAUGUGCCCUGGAUAUGAAGCCACAUGCUGAUCGUGUCUUAACUAGCAUACAGGCUGCCCUCAACUCCAACAUCUUGAAGUCGCGGGAAUGUAUACGGCUGAUGGCGUCAGUUGGGUUUGUGCUCUCCACAUUAUCUGUGCAAGAGAUCCUGCAUUACCUGGAUGUCAUCGUGACACCACACCUGCAGCAUCUGGAAGCCGCGUCCCAUGAACAGCCAUCUUCUGUAAAGAACCAUCCCUCAGCAGCCAGUAAAGGAACCAUCCUUGUGAAGGUGAAUAUGCUAGCCAGCUUGUCAGCAACACUUGACAUACGCCGUGAAGACAAGGAGAACCAGUGCUUAAGCUCACCAAUCACCACCAGUCAUGACCCUCAGCCGGUGUCAUUCCUUCUGCAGAGGGUCUUUCCUAUCUUGCAGAAGGUACUGGCAGUGUGGGUGUGUGAUCUUGGCAUUGUGCAGUCAAUUUGUGAAUUCCUGAAGCGAGCUAUUACUACGUUAUUGGACGAUGUUGGUCCGAUGGUGCCAGGCAUCUGCGAACUCCUUGUCCAGAUCUACACUGCGUCUCCUCACGUACCUAUCUUAGACCUCUCUCAACAGGUGCUAUUGUUAUUCGGCCAUAAUGAGACAUAUUCUGGAAAUACUCGGUCACUUAUUCUACAACUGACAAACAAGACUCUGUCUCUCUUCCAAUCAGGAAGCAUUCGUGAACAUACAGAAGUUAUAGAGGGGUAUAUGUGCCUGUGUACAAAGAUUCUUAAAACGCAACCAGACAUGUUAAUCUCAGAGGACGUGAACCCAUCUGCCAUAUUCCAAUGCGGACUUGUCUCAAUCACUUUACCAGAACAGCCAACUGUCAAGGCGACAUGUAACUUUUUUAGUAUAUUUAUAUCACAGUCCAGUAAGAUGCCGUUGUUUAGCCAAACAGUUACUCAACAGGGACGCGCCCUUCUUGAGUUAUUGAUAAAGGCUGUUAGUGGCGCUGCCCCUAGGUCGCUGGUGGAGCUCAUGAGUGACGUCAUCUUCUCCUUCAGUAAGCACUUCCACGCUCACUUCGUAAGUGUCAUGCCGGAUCUGAUGAUGAGUCACAGUCUGGAGUUGCCGCGUGCGACCAAAGUACAGCGGGAACAAUUCGCUAAAAGUCUGUUGAGAGAGAGGACGAAUAAACGGCAAUUUCGUGAUAUUGUGAAAGAGUUUAGUCUUCUAUGUCGAGGACUUCUUGGGACUGAAUAUGCUGAUUUUUGAGAUCAUGGAUGGUUGUUGUAAAGUACAGAAGGCGGCUCUGCAUUGAUUAUGCCACCAAUGUUUGCUGGAUGUAAAGGCUAUACUGUCAAUUCUGGCGUAUGUGAUAUUCAAAUAAUAUAACGUUUGGCGAUAAAGAGCAAGGAACUGUCUACAUCUUGGCCAAUUACAGCAUUGGCAUUGCUGUGGAUGUUCACACUUUCAACAAUCAAUUAUGGAUGAAUGUGUGCUAAUAAUAAUUGUUGUGGAUUUAUCACUGAAUGUUUAGUUCGCUGCUGUUUUCAAUUGAUGUAGUUGUUUUUUUUUCGUUAUUUACAUUUGUUAAAACGCUGCACAUAAUAACAAUUUUCUGCGGGGUUUAUUGUUGAGGAGGGUUUCUGAGAGGCAUUUAUUUGAGGGAGGUAUUAAAGUUUUUAGUGUAAAAUUCUAAUAUUUAUUAAUAGAAUGUGUUGAAAAUUAUGUUGCUUCCAUAAUUUUGUUUACAGUAAGUUAGGGGACAUGUAUUCAUGGAAAAAAUAAAUGCCUCAGGGCAUUUAUUUGAGGAAGGUGUUUAUUCCAAAUGAGGCUUUGAAGGGGGUGUUUAUUCGAGGGGAGCAUUUAUUCAAAGCUGGGUGCUUAUUGGAAUAAAUAUGGUAUGUCAUUAACCAGAUGUAAAUAUACUUUUCUUAAAUUGAAAUAAGCCAAAUAGUGGAAAGUCACAAAACAAUGUUGUAUUUUUAUUGUUAUUUAUGAGUUUACUUUAUUUACUAUUUAUUGUUCAGUUUUUGAAAUCUGUGAAGAUGGUGCCUAUUACAAUAAACCAAUAUGCAUGUCAUACCAUGCAUGAUUCAAUUAGCAGUGAAUUCAGGGUUCUCUAGACAUGAGGCAAAUUUUUAAUACCUGGUAGGGGUUUGAUUUUUAAACAUUUUAUAAAACAAUUUUGAAUGAGGGUAACAUAACCCAGCGAAACUGAGCAGUGAUCUUAACUAUGUCUAUGAGUGUUGGAGAGCAGUGGUGGCCCAGCGGGGUGCAGGGGGCCAUUUGCCCACCCGUCGGACAGGCCUGGACCACCCUGUCUUCCGAUGAGGUCAUCAGACCAAAAAUAACGCUAUUUUGAUGGCCAAUCCCUAAUAUUAUGAUCUAAAAAAAAUGUUGACCAAAUUAAGCCAUAAAAUGUCUCCCCAUAAACCCUAACAGGGAUAUUUUUAUUCCAGGCCGUCAACCGAGGCUUCGUCGUCAUUUUGGUUUGGACCCCUUCAUCGGACACGUCAGCCCCUUGUUGGCAACUUUCCGGUGCCACCACUGUUGGAGAGCUAAUCAUUAAAUUUGACUUUAGAGCAUUAAGGGUCUGAAAUUUUAGAACUUUCCAUGCUCUAUAAUCCAGGGGUCCCAAGUUGGAGGAGAGUAAGAUUGCUAUUGGAUGAUGUAGCCAAUAGACAACUCGAUAUUUAGGAUUUUUACCUUUGCUUACAACUGUGAAAUAGUGCUUACCAUUCUU